AUGAAGCCCGACUUCCGGUCCAAGGAUUUGCUCCGCAGUCUACUCUCCCCGAGCGUAUGGUUUGACGUAUACUGGCCAGCAUCGCGCAAGUACUUCUUCGGCCUACUAUUCAUCGGCGUAAUCAGCGCCAAACUACUCCACAUUUACUCUCAUCUCAACUCAUUAUCCAUCGACCAAUUCCUUCUUUGGGGCCCAACUUUUUUUUUACAGGAUGUCAUUUGCAUUCUCAUUGCGCUCUUCCUUACCCAAAACUUUGGCCGGAGAUGGAUGCGUGUGCUGGCUGCACUGUCAGCUAUUCCCGGUAGUUUGGCAAUCUCCGGCCUGGCCGCGGCCAACAUCUCCUUCUACUUCCAAACCGGCGCCGAAAUCCAUUGGCGACAAGCGCAUUACUUCCACCGCGAUCCCGCUGCCAUCAAAACCCUGCUGACCGGUUUAACGGGGAUGAUAAUUGUCGAAAUCGCCUUCAGCGCAGUUGCUUGGCUGUCGACGCCUUACCUGUACAACGGAAUAUGGGUUCCCGUGCGCAUUCUCAACUCGACCGUGACACCCCUCUUCUUCUGGAAACGAAAGACGGAAACAGGCCCAAGGAGCUAUGAACAGGUUGCUCGCCAGGAAUGGGAUGAGGAGAAUAACGAAUCCGAGGCUAUGCUGGGGUCGAGCAAAUCUCCUCAGGCGUCACACAGUUCCCAGCCUUCUCUUUUACUGCGCAUAGUGGUGGGCUCAGUCGCGAUCUUUGUCAUUUUGCUACGCUGCGUUCGUCCGUCGAAUACGGCAUAUUCCUUUCUCUCGCAAACGGUGAUUGUGACCCCCUUUAAAAAACCCCCGGUUCAUCAACAGACAUCUUCUAUCGAUCUUCCGCCAUUGGAGGGCGACUACAGUUGGCUUUAUAAUCAUACAGCGCUGGGUACGCCGUCAAAGCUGGAUUGGCUACCGGAAGAGCAACUGGCAGGAUUCCGAGACUGGUACGCAGGAUCAAACGAUAGUGGUGCUUUGCAUUACGAUCCAAACAAGGAUCCUCUCAAAAUCAGCAACCUCGACCAAAGCAUUCUCGGGCCAUUGAGGGACGCUUUGACCAAAGGCGAUAUUAACAUUAAACAUGUUUUCCUACUCAAGCUGGAAAGCACCCGAGACGACGUCUUUCCUCUGCGCAAAGAAUCCCACUUGGUCGAUCUCAUUCGUGAAUCCUUCUCUGGUAGUAUCCCUGAGGAAGUCGAGGAGAGACUUGCGAAUCUCACUUGGAAUGCCGAGAGAUUCACCAACACUCCAUCUGGAUUCGACCGAUAUGAUGUUGAACCGUACGGAGGUCUCCACAUGACCAAUGCCUACACCGGUGACACCUUCACCCUUAAGAGUAUCCUGGCAAGCACAUGUGGCAUCGCACCUUUGGUCGUCGAUUUCAACCGCGAGUAUCUUCACCAUAUGUACGAGCCUUGUAUGCCGCAACUACUAAGUGCAUUGAAUUCGCUAUCCAACGGCACGGAAGUGGCGAAGAAGUCGGACGACUACACCACUUGGCCCUGGCACUCGACUUUCAUGCAGAGUAUUGACGAUAACUACGACAAUCAGAAUCUUCUCAUCCCAGCCAUGGGAUUCCAGGACAAGAUAACAGACAAGACGAUCACCAAGGACUGGGAGAAUAAGGAUGGCAAGGCUCCUGAGAAGUUCAACUUCUGGGGCUACCCCGAGCAUGAACUGCGACAAUACUUCUCCAAGGCCCUAAAGCAUUCCGAAAAGCAUCAUGAGCGUCUUUUUAUUACUCAUCUGACAGGGCAAACGCAUCAUCCGUGGGAUAUGCCGCCGGGCCAAAACUACGAGGAGUUGAUUCACUCUAGUGUCUUCAAUCAUAACAAGAACAUCAACCGAUACCUCAACACGAUCGGCGUCGCAGACAAAUGGCUUGGAGAGUUGACAGAGGUACUGGAAGAGCAUGGCGUUGCCAAUGAGACUUUAAUUGUCAUGGUGGGCGACCACGGCAUCUCUCUCAUUGAAGAUGGCGGCAUCACACCUUAUGACAACCCGCACGUCGCCAACUUCCACGUGCCCAUGGUCUUCUCUCACCCGCAGCUACCACCAAUCAACAUCGACGGCCGUGUCACGUCUCUUCAGAUUCUCCCGACAAUCCUAGAUCUUCUGGUUGAGUCCGCAUCCCUGGACGAAAAGGCAACACACGCAAUCAAGGAUCUCCUCCCUCUCUACGAAGGACAAUCAAUGAUUCGAGAGCUCGUGCCCGAGAAGGAUGGCAAUCCCGACUGGCAAUUCACCGUCAUGAACACCGGCGCCACCUGGCUAGCCCUACGAUCGGCAAAUAAGUCCUACCGCAUCGUGAUCCCAAUGGUCCCUGAUGUGGAGUGGCGCUUCUCCGAUAUUGAUUCCGACCCUCAUGAGGAGAAGACCCUCCAGUCCUUCACCUUGCCUCCAUUACUAGAACAAGUGGCAAAUGAGCAUGGCGAAGAAGCCGUUCAAUGGAUUAAAGAUGCAGCGCACGUUGCUCAGUGGUGGGUCGCUGAGAACUGGGAUCGCUACGAAUUCGUGCCCGAAUCUUGA